AUACAUGUAUGUAGGUAUAUGACAAGAUGUGUCCUUCAAUUUGUGAAUCUAUAUAAAAUGAACUGCUAUAUAUUGUCAUAUCAGUAUGAGCUAGUUUUUUUAUUUUUGCUAAUACCUUGUUUAUCUUGAGUCAAUUUAAAAUGACACGCAGUUGGGUUUUUUUACUUUUUAUUCAAAGUACAAUUUUCAUAGUUAAUGCUAAACUUCCAUUUGCUGUGCCAACGUGUAAAAGAGACUCAAGUGAUUAUGCAUUAUGUUUAAAAAAAGUUUUACAACAAGUAUGGACAAAAGUUAUCCCAGGUGUACCAGAAUUAGGUAUUCCAUCAUUGGAACCAUAUCAUAUACAAACAGAAAGUUUUGAUUUAGACAUGGGAGAUAUUAAUGCUAAAAUACGUGUUAAAAAUGUAAAAGCUUAUGGGGCACUAAAUAUUUUGUGGCAAUCAAUAAAACCACAUCACAGCAAAGAUUAUUUUAAAAUGGAUGCUAAUUUUACAACAUCAAGAGUUUUUGCUGAAGGUGAUUACAAAGCUGAGGGAGGAUUUGGAACAUUCAAACAAAAAGGAAGAGGAAAAUUCAAUUUAACAUUGGAUAAUCUAAAAUCAACAGUACACCUAGAGGGACCAAUUGUUAAUGACAGAUGGGUCAUUAAAGAAUUCAAAUUUAGACCAGAAAUUGGUGAUUUAAAAUUUUGGGCAUCAAAUUUAAACAAAGAAAAUGAUGAAAUUACUGCUGCAAUUCUCAGUGUUAUCAAUGAUUAUUGGCGUGAUUUUCUUCCUGAAAUUCUGCCAUUUGCUGAAAAUAUAUGGAAUAAUGCCUGGAAAAAUCUUACCAAUGAAAUUAUGAAAAACGUUCCAUUCUCGGAAAUAUUCCCAUAA